AGUAAUAAUAAAUACAAAACUGAGGCUGAAGUUAGCAGGCAGAAAAACUACCGCCGAUCUCCUUCAUCACCAUAGCCGCUGCCGUGUUGCUGCUGCUGCAAAUAAAAAUUAUAAUUUUUUGCUUUUCAGAUUAUCUGCAAAAUACCCACAUCAAGCAGAAAAUUGAUAAUUUGAAAUGAACAAGGGAGGGGCAGGUGGAGGCACAAGCGGGGCAGGUGGUCCCACAGUGGGGGCUGCUGCAGCCGCUGCCCAAAAGCAAAAAUCAUUGCUGCAGAGAGUUGACAAUGACAUUGGAAGCAUUGUUGACAAUUUCAACAGUGUUGUUAAUGUUGCCCGGGUUAAUGAUCCUCCUGUCAGAAACUCACAGGAAGCUUUCAUGAUGGAGGUGCGGGCGGCAAGAAUGGUACAAGCAGCAGAUUCUUUGUUAAAACUGGUGUCAGAGUUAAAGCAGACGGCAAUAUUUUCAGGAUUUGCUUCAUUAAAUGAUCAUGUAGAUAAGAGAACCAAGGAGCUAAACCAACAGGCUGAGAAAACUGAUAGCAUAUUGGCUAGGAUUGGUGAAGAUGCUGCCGCUAGCCUCAAGGAAAUGGAAUCACAUUACUAUUCUUCUGUUCUUAGGUCAAACAACCGCUUGGAACAAUGAAAUAUUAGAUGUAUGGCUUUAAUUUGCUAGGCAUUUUUAUGUUAAUUUAGUUUUUCAAAGUUUAGUAUCUUGGUAAUUAAUUGUUGUAAAGGAUAUGAAACAGCCUUUUUGUACUAUAUUUGCUGCAAGUUAGAUUCAAAACUCAAUCCAUUGCUUACUUCAGUGGUUGAUUUAUGCGA